GUGACGUCAUUGUGUGUGCUGCUGGCGGAAUACGAGUUCAUAUUCUAAACUGCCUGGUUUGAGUUCUACAUAUUUUUUUAGCUGUUUAGUUCUAUGUUUUAGUUUAUUUCGCUUAAUAGCAAAUCACCAUGUCGGUGGCGUUUGCACCUCAUAGACAACGUGGAAAGGGUGAUAUAACACCCACUGGAAUUCAGAAGUUACUGGAUGAAAACAAUCAGUUGAUUCAAUGUAUAAUGGACUUCCAGAGCAAAGGAAAGACAGCAGAAUGUUCACAGUACCAGCAGAUGCUCCACAGAAAUUUAGUUUACCUGGCCACAAUAGCAGACUCCAAUCAGAACAUGCAGUCUCUGCUCCCUGCUCCUCCUACUCAGAACAUGCCCAUGGGCCCUGGUGGGAUGAACCAGAGCGGAGUACCGGGCCCCCAGCCCCCCCACGGACACAACAUGCCCUCUGAGGGCAUGGUCAGUGGCGGACCCCCAGCCCCACACAUGCAGAGCCAGAUGAACGGACAGAUGCCUGGGCCUAAUCACAUGCCCAUGCAGGGCCCUGGGCCGGGUCCCAACCAGCCCCCCAACAUGCCCGGCAGCGGCUCCAUGAACAUGCCCCCCAGCAGCCAUGGCUCUAUGGGCGGCUACAACCACGCUGUACCCUCUUCUCAGAGCAUGCCUGCCCAAGGCCAGAUGAACAUGACCCAAGGACCCAUGGGUAACUACGGCCCCCGGCCCAACAUGAACAUGCAGGCUAACCAAGGCCCCAUGAUGCACCAGCAGCCUCCCUCCCAGCAGUACAACAUACCCCCUGGAGGUGGCGGGCAGCACUACCAGGGCCAGCAGAACCCCAUGGGCAUGAUGGGCCAGGGAAACCACGUGAUGGGGCAGAGGCCCAUGCCCCCUUACAGACCCCCACAGCAAGGACCCCCUCAGCAGUACCCAGGGCAGGAAGACUACUAUGGGGACCAGUACAGUCACGCAGGACAGGGAGCCUCAGAAGAGCGAGACCCAGCAGCCAACCAACAGUCCCCCUAUGAAAAAGAUAAUGAGCGAGACCCAGCAGCCAACCAACAGUCCCCAUAUGAAAAAGAUCAUGGUAAUGCCCAGUAUGGCCAGCAGCAGGAGGCCUACCAGCAAGGUCCUCCCCAGCAGCAGGGCUACCCCCCACAGCAGCAGUACCCUGGACAGCAGGGCUACCCUGGACCGCAACAGGGCUACGGUCCGUCCCAGGGAGCCCCAGGCCAGUACCCCCAGGGUUACCCCCAGGGCCAGGGGCAGCAGUACGGGGCCUACCGGGGCCCCCAGCCCGGCCCCCCUCAGGCCCAGCAGCAACGCCCAUACCCAGGCUACGAUCAGGGACACAUGAGGAAAUAAAGACCCAGGGAUUUGAACCCCUGACUAGUUCUGUAAGAAGCAAAGGGUCAAUAUGGAAAUUACCAGCAAUGAGAGAUGGCCAUGGCAGUCACUGUCAGUCACCAAGAGCCCCGCUCUGACCUCUAACCUCUGACCUCUGUACAACUGUUAUCUGGACUUUUAUAACGGCUGCAGCUCACAGAGACGCUCACACACACACACUUUGCCCUCUGUAUCCCCUAUGUCUGGGCCUUAUGUAAUGAGAUGAUUGUGUUCACUUCCAUUUCUCAACCUUCUAGUCUGAGUUAAGUCUCAAAGCAGCAAUGCCUUAAAACCAAACAGAGCUGCCUUAUCCAGAGCACUGCAGAUUUCGAAAAGGGCAAAAAAUUACCCGUAAAAUUAAUUUUGUCUAGAUCGGAGGACAGAAGUGUACAGAACUGAACUUCACACUCUUGUAGGGCAAUGUUUCUCCAUCUAAUAGCCCCCUGUUCAUAAGAAGCAAUAAUGCCAAUGAGAAGUGGAGAAGUGGAAGGGUGUGACGGGGAUGGAGUGAGGAGAUUUUACACCAGAAACAAAAUUCUGUACGGCUAUGUUAUAUGUCAAGGUCAACAUAUGUGAUGAUGUAAACAUGUAUUUUAUGAUUUUUAGAUGGAGCUAAUUUUGUAUAAGAAUUUGGAGUACUGUUGAAUAUAGUUUCUGUUUUCCUCCUGAAGUGUUAUGUCUCUUGAUGUAAGUUGUGAUUAACAUUGUUUUCAUCUGCUAUUUUGUUUGUUCUUUUGUUAUUCGUAACCCCUGAUUUCCCUUUGCUUCUUCAAUGACUUGUACAUUGAAUAUGUGCUUGGGGUGAACAAAUCGGAUGCUUUGGUUUUCUGAAUGGAUUGUACAUAGAAAGCCCUCAAACUAACUGAGAACACCUAUCUGUAUUGGAGCAUCAGUGGUGAAAUAUUAUUUCUUUGGGUAACAAAACAUGACCUGUGAGUGGGGCUCUAUUCUGUAUUUGAGAUCUACAGUAUGUGUGUAACUAGGGUUGCAAAGCUACCGGUGAUUUACCAAAGUUACCGGAAUAUUGUGUGAUUUUAGUCAUUAACAGAAUCUAUUGUAAUUUUGGUAAUCUAGUAAUCUAUACUUGAAUAACUUUUAAAAACUGUAUUCGUAUAUAGUGUUCAUUAAUUAUAUCUGUGACCAUAUUCUCCAUGAGUUUUAUAUUAGAUAGUAGGGUGGCAGGUAGCGCGUUGGGCUAGUAACCGAAAGGUUGCUGGUUUGAAUACCUGAGCAGACAAGGUGAAAAAUCUGCCGACUUGCCCAUGAGUGAGGAACUUAACCCUAAUUUGCUCCAGGAACGCCAUGGCUGACCAUGUCAAACACCACAUUUCUCUGGACUAAUCUGGUGUAUGUGACAUUUUUUUAUUUUACCAUAUUUUUAAAGAGAAAAUAACCUAAUUAAUGGCAAAAAGCAUCUAAUCAACCAUUACAUUAUUUUUACACUAAUCUAAUGAUUUACUUUUUUCACAACUGCCACCAGUUUGAUGCCCAAACAUUAAUAAAACAUUGACAUGAAAUAAAUAAAAGUUUGUAAAAAGGAAAUUUCAUGCUGAAACCCUCAUAUUAAACACAAAUGAAUGCUAUUAAUUUAGUUUAUUUUUUUAUUUAGGAUUGUUUAACAUCUUUGUCAUAUUUUUUUUUUUACCUCUAUGGGAUCGGUGUCCCUAAACCUGGAUGGUUGUUACUAACGUGCGUGUGACUAGAAUGACAUAAGUAACAGCCAACUUUCCAGUACAUAGAUAUGUCUUAUAUGGGCAGAAAGCUUAAAUUCUUCUUAAUCUAACUGCAGUCCAAUUUACAGUAGCUAUUACAGUGAAAAAAUACCAUGCUAUUAUUUGGAGAGUGCACAACAACAAAACACUUAUCAUGGAAACUGGUUUGAUACAUUCACCUCUGAAGUUAAAUAGUGUACUUACAUUUAGUAAUCUUGCUCUGAUUUGUCAUCCUGAGGGUCCCAGAGAUAAAAUGUAGCAUAGUUUUGUUUGAUAAAAUACAUGUUAUAUUCAAAUGUAGGAACUGGCUUCUGUCUUUGGCCCCGCCUGGCCAUCUAGAUGUGUGAAGGUUAGUGUUUUUUCUCUGUAGGGAAGGAAAGGAUCCAUCAUGUAUGACAUUCCUGAAUGUGUGUAAACUUGUAUUUUUUUAUUACCAUAGCAUUUUUGUAUGUUCUCUAGUUAGUUAUGUACUUGAAAAUGUAUCAAUUGACCAAUUCGGCACAUUUGGGCAAACUCCUUUCAGACUUGAUACAAAAUAUAGUGUACUAAUGUAAUGCUUCACUGGAUCAGUCUGAAACUUUACACACACACUGCUGCCAUCUAAAUUACACCUAAACUCCUAUCUGAAUGUAUGGCCUUUCUCUUGCAUUUCAAAGACGAUGGAACAAUUAUUAUUUUCUGAAAACGCAUGUUUUUGUUUGUAUUAUCUUUUACCAGAUCUAAUCUGUUAUUCUUCUACAUUAAUUUUACAUUUCCACAAACUUCAAAGUGUUUCCUUUCAACUGGUAUCAAUAAUAUGCAUAUCCUUCCUUCAGAUCCUGAGCUACAGGCCGUUAGAUUUGGGUAUGUCAUUUUAGGUGGACAUUUUUUUAAAUGGGCCGAUCCUUAUCUGAUUAAAAUAUUUCAGAUAUUUUACAUGUUAUUACCCACACAGAGGGCCAGAGAUUAUUCGACACUUGUCAUAAUCUGAAUUACACAAAUGGGCCACUAGAUGUCUUCUGACAUAUUGUUUAAAAAAAUCCUUGGAAGAUAAAAACAAUUCUGUUAACUUACAGGUCAACUUUGAAUGUUUCAAGUAAUACACCCUCCCUUUGCAAACCUAUGUGUAACACAAUGCACUGAGCACAUAUUCAUAAAGUGUCUCAGAUUAGGACAGCUGAAUUGGGAUCAGUUUAGCCUUUUAGAUAAUAUGUAAGAAUAAAUAGAUAGGGGAGACCUGAUCCUAGAUCAGCACUCCUACUCUGAGAUGAUUUAUUAGUAGGGCCCCUGAAUGCUUCCAGUACCCCCUGCUUCUCCUAAAAGUUGAAUUUAGAAGCAUGUAUUUUAUGGCCUUGGCGCUUCAGUGUGCUCUGUUAUUGGUAGCUGAAUAAGAGAUGAAUUCAGUUGGGGGAUAUUCCAAACAUAUGUCUAAUGUGCAUCGGACACAGCUCUCUGGAGAAUAGUGUCUGCUCGAUACAUUACGUUUUUAUCUGCAACUUUCUGAACGUUUUGCCCGUGCUCAAUAUUCCCAUAAUGGGUCUGUGGGAGUGCAUUGACCACAGACUGUCAUACAUUCAGUAUGUUCAGCACCACAUAAGCUUGUUUCUUUACAAUGUUGGAUGAGAUUUCUCCCCCGAAUAAACUUCUACAUUUUUGUUAUUUAAGAAAAUGUAAUGUACGUUAACCACCAACAGAAUAAUAUGAGUUAUGGAGUAUAACGUAAGUAACCACCAACAGAAUAAUAUGAGUUAUGUGGAAUAUAACGUAAGUAACCACCAACAGAAUAAUAUGAGUUAUGUGGAAUAUAACGUAAGUAACCACCAACAGAAUAAUAUGAGUUAUGUGGAGUAUAACAAAGUGUUACGUUAUACUCUAAACUGAGUGUCUUGCUGUAAUGAUUUGAGAUACAUUUCCUAUGAUGUCAUGCAACAUUUCACUCUUGUACAGACUGGUUGUGUUAUUUUAUGAAACCUUGGGCUUGAUAUACAUUUGUACAAUAUGCAUAAAUCAUGCACAUAUUAUAGAGAAGAUAGAAGUAUGGUGAUUGGUUUCCAGUCAGCCUCAAAGAUACUAACCUUGGUAUGCUUUAGUACAUACCUUGUAAUAAAUGUUUUGUCUUUCAUUUACCCUGUAGCCAACAUGAUGUUACUGUAAGUGUCAUUGUGAUGUGAAACUGUACAGUAUGUCACUGAAAAACUGCAACAAUAAAUUGCUUGAAUUUUUUUUAAUACA